AUGCCAACCUGUCCAGCUGACCCUCCGCAGAAAGUCCCCUGCCAAUUCGAGCUCGACGUCCCUUACCUAGGCCACCUCGACAACUCCUCCGGCCUCAAGCCCGGCACGCCGCUCUCCCUGCCCCUCUGGCUUGCCGAAAUGCUCGCGCUCGCCUCCGCCGGAGAAGACUCAAAGGCCCCCCUGACUCUGAACCUGCCGCCCUGCCUGUCCGACCAAGUCAUCAACGCGUUGAAGGCCGACCCGCGGGCAGUUGCGCUGCGUGACCAGAGCGCGCAUUUUUACGGAGUUGGCGUCAGGAUGUUGGACUUGUUCGACGAGAGGGAGCUGGGUGCCGUGCUGAGGACCACGUUUGUCGUGAGGGCCAACAAUGUUGGGCUGCAUGCGAGGAAGGGCGAGGACUCUGUAGGCGGCCAGGGGGAGGAGUUUCUGAGGGGCCUGGAUGAGUGGGAGAGGAAUCUGUUCCGGAGGGGACAUGAGGGCGUGAGGGCGGCCAAGGAGUGGACUGACAAGGUUAAGAAGCUGUGA